AUGUGGGUGCAUUCGGAUCAUAAUUCAGAGCUGGAUAUCUCCUGGGGAUAUGAGAAUGCGGUCGUUCUCGUAUUUGGUCAUGGUCAUCUUGAUGACUGCAGUAACCUCUUCACUGCUGGACACGAAGUUGGGGAACUGAUGAGAUGGUCCCAGCUUGUCCCAGCAGCGAACCUUGUGCCGCCAAGAUCGCAGGCUUACUUGGCUCAGAAUAAUGAAGACAACAUUGCCAAGAUUGCGUUUGAAGUGGGGCCAACUGUUACUUGUAAGUGUGAUCUGUAUAUUCACAUUUGUUUUAGACAUUGAUGUCAGCAGUAUCUAA